AUGGGCCAAGAAAAGCGACUGCUAGCAACUUCGGUCGAUGACUAUGCAAAGCACAACCCUAAUAAUCUAUUCGCAGUCAUCCCCCAAGGCUCUGAACUCAGCCAGGGCUUCCGUCGUCUGACGAUGAAGGACCUGGCACAGGCCGUAAACGGUAUGUGCUGGUACAUUGAAGAAAUCAUUGGACCUGCACAGUCCCCCGAGGCGUUGGCAUACAUGGGAAGCAACGAUGUGCGCUAUUUCAUCUUCAUGCUUGCCUGUCAAAAAACCGGAUAUCAGGCCUUCCUGCCUUCGACGAGAAAUUCGGACGAAGCCCAUGUCCAUCUAUUGACAGUUACAGGCUGCACCAAGUUCUUCUUUAGCGAGGAACGACAAGCAAGAACCUUGGAGAUCCAGGGACUUUCGUCGACACCCUUGGCCAUCUUCCAGCUGCCCGCUCUCGAAAGUGUACUGAGUGAUGAGCGUGGACUGCACCAUUACUCGUACAACAAAUCGUAUUCCGACGCCGAAAAUGAUACUACGUGCAUCAUUCACAGCUCGGGAACAACGGGCAUGCCCAAGCCAGUAUACCUCACGAACGGCUUCUUCGGGACCCUCGACGCGCUCUCUGAUCUUCAAUGGCCAGCUGGUCGCAUACCAGCACCAUUCUUUCACAUGGGCCAAGAGGACUUGCUGUUGAGCACGACACCCUUCUUUCACCUCAUGGGACUGAUGGCCUUGAUUUUCACAGUCUGGUUCGAUGUUCCCAUCUUGAUCGGACCAGAAAAGCCAUUGUCCGUCGACCAUAUGGUGGAACUUAUGCAAGUCGGGCGUCCGACCUCAGCCAUGUGCCCACCUUCGGUUUUGGAGGACAUGAGCUAUUCCGACAAAGCACUGUCAUGUGUGAAGGAGCUCAAAUCCGUCCUCUUCGGAGGCGCACCACUUGCACCGGAUGUUGGAGACCGCCUUCGCCAGCAUACCACAGUUGUAUCCGUUAUUGGCACCAGCGAGAUUGGCUGGAUCGCCUCGAUGGUUCCAGAGGACCCAGCUGAUUGGGCCUACUUUGACUGGAAUGACGCAUACGGGGUCGACAUGCAAGAUAUCAACGAGGGGAUGUACGAGAUGGUCAUUCCUCGACAGCCGAACGCUCGCGAUUUCAAGGGUAUCUUCCAUACUUACCCCGACAUCAGUGAAUAUCACACCAAUGAUAUCUACACCCGCCAUCCGACAAACCCCCGUCUCUGGAAGUUCCAUGGACGAAAGGAUGAUGUGAUUGUGUUGAGCAACGGAGAGAAGUUCAACCCUGUUGCAAUGGAAACUAUCAUUGAGGGCCACCCCUUGGUAGGCAGUGCGGUUGUGGUCGGCCAAUCCCGAUUCCAGGCUGGAUUACUCAUUGAAUUGAACCAUGAUGUGCCGGACAUGGACACGAAGCUUGUUGUUGAGCAGGUCUGGCCGACGGUACAGGUGGCUAACUCAACCAUUGCUGCUCAUGGCCGAGUCAUGAAGAACAGAAUCGGCAUUGCUCCCAAGACGAAGCCCUUCAAGAAGACACCGAAGGGUACCGUGCAGCGUCGGUCAGUUCUCCGGGAGUUUGAGGGGGAGAUCGAUGCGAUUUAUGCUCAAAGCAUGGACGAUGAGUUGGCUCUUCCGGAGAAUUUGGAUUCUGAAAGUAUCGCCCAGUUCGUUCGUCAAGCCAUUGCGCGUACUUUGGAGAAGGAGAUCCCCAGUACCCAGAACUUCUUUGGUGUUGGUCUUGAUUCUUUAAUGACCAUUCAGGUCUCUCGAAUGCUGCAAAGGAUCAUCGAACUGCGCCCAGAGGUGAAAGCAACUAUCACUGCUCAGACCAUUUAUGCCAAUCCAACAAUCGAGCAAUUGUCUGCUGUUGUGCAUGCCAUGUUGGAAGGCAAGUCCCAGGUUGAGAUCCCACGCGAAGAGAAGAUCUAUAACUUGAUUGAAAAGUAUACGACCGACCUUCCAAUUCGUAAAGUCCGCCGCAAUGAAUUGCAAGCGCCUACCACUGUGAUUUUGACUGGCUCUACUGGCUCGUUGGGCAAUUAUCUACUCGAUUGUCUACUGAGCAGCGAGUCUAUUUCCAAGGUCUACUGCCUCAACCGCUCAGACGCCGAAUCACGGCAGCAAAAGGGCUUCGAAGAGAAGGGACUGCCCCUGGGCAACUGGAGCAAGGUCGAGUUCCUGAAAGCAUCAUUCGGAGCAGAACGCUUUGGCCUUGACGAGGCCAAAUACCAAGAGCUCCUCAACUCAGUCGACACAAUCAUCCACAACGCGUGGAAAGUCGACUUCAAUCACACUGUUGAAUCUUUCGAGGACACUCACAUUGAAGGUGUGCGACGCUUUGUCGACUUCAGCCUGAGCAGCCGCAACAAUGCUCAUAUUCACUUUGUCUCUUCUGUCAGUACGGUAGGCGCUUGGACACCUGAGAUGGGACCAUCGAUCCCAGAAGAGCCCAUGGGUAGCAACGUCGUUCUCCCCAAGGUUACGGCGAGUCCAAGCGUUCCCACGACGGUGUAUCGCGUUGGACAGAUCGCAGGACCGACCAGUCGAAGCGGACAAUGGAAUCCGCACGAAUGGCUGCCGACGAUCAUCGCGACGUCCAAAGCGAUAGGUAAAAUUCCCAGCCGCUUAGGUUCCAUGCCCGUUGAUUGGGUCCCAGUGGAUACCCUCUCCGCGAUUAUGGUGGAGAUUGUCAACAUACGUCACCGGUCGUCCGACGUGCCCUGGGCCGUGUUUCACCUCACCAACCCGGAGGCAGCGCCGUGGUCGUCGCUGAUCCCCGCCGUCCAAACGCAAUAUCCGGUCGAGCCAGUUGAUUUUGCCGCUUGGGUUGCCGACCUCGAAAGCAUUUCCCAUCCCAGCAGCGCGGACCUCGCUUCCAAACCAGCGCUCAAGCUACUGAGUUUCUACCGUGGGCUUCUGGAUGAGGGGGGCAUGUCUGUGCCGUUGGAUGUCCGGCGGGCGAAAAACGCCAGUCGUAGCAUGCGGACAUUGGGACCAAUCUCGGCCUCGUUGAUGCAAAAUUGGCUGCAGCAGUGGCAGUUUUAA